AUCAAAGGCUAAUCAACAUACUAAAGGAUAAUCACUUUUAGUUGCUCGUGUGAUUAGUGGAGAUGGGGAUCUCCAGAGGAGCGGGGUGGAUAACCACAAUAGUCAUACUAUGUUCAUUUGUCACAACAGGACUAUCGCAGGACAGACCGUGCAAUGCUCGCCAAAUAGAAGGUAGAUCAGUGGUCUGCGUGUGCAACGCUGAGUAUUGCGACACUAUCACACGAGAGGACCCAGAGCCUGGCAAAUUCGUCGUCUACACUUCUAGCAAUUCUGGCCUUCGCUUCGCAAAGAGCUACGGCGAAAUCCAAACACUGACAGCUGAAGAACCAGACGAUGAUCCAGGAGAUUUGGAGUCUAUACCGCCGCCUGACCCUGAUCAGCCUGAAGACGGCGAUACCCCACAGCCGCCGCCACCCAGUGAAGACGAUGACGUGGAUGAUGAUGAGGGAUUAUCUGCACUAUGGACCAACGUGACCCUCCGAGUUUACCCGAACGCCCGGCACCAGCUUAUUGAAGGAUUUGGAGGAUCCGUCACCGACGCAGCUGCAAUCAACUGGCGUAAGCUCAGUGAUGCCGCGCAAAAUAACUUUAUUAACUCUUACUUCAGCCGUACAGGAAUAGAGUACAAUCUCAUUCGAGUCCCGAUUGCUGGAUGUGACUUCUCCGAAUACCCCUACACGUAUGCUGAAGAACCGUGGGGCGAUCAUACCCUGUCUAACUUCUCGUUGUCAUCCCAUGAUUUCUUCUUGAAGUUGCCCAUGAUCAAGAGAGCCCAAAGAGUUGCAACAGAUGAGAUCAAAAUCACAGCCAGUACCUGGUCCCCGCCAGUCUGGAUGAAAACCAACGAGAGGAUCACAGGAUUCGCACAGCUAAGACCAGAGUACUACCAGGCUUAUGCCGACUAUCAUCUACGUUUCAUCGAAGAAUACGAGAAAGCGGAGGUGAAGAUCUGGGCUAUAACUACAUCGAACGAGCCAAUUAACGGCAUCGUGCCGUUUGUACAGUUCAACUCGAUUGGGUGGUUCCCUAACCAAUUGGCUCGUUGGGUAUCAAACAAUUUGGGUCCUACGAUAAGGAACUCGCGUUACAAUGAAACGAAAAUCCUCGGUAUUGAUGAUCAACGCUAUCUGUUACCGGUUUAUUUGGCAGGCAUGGAACUCGAGGAUAAGACAUCCCUGGACUACUUAGAUGGUAUAGCUGUGCAUUGGUACGGAAACUUCUUCCCUCCGCAAAUCCUCACGGGUAUACAGAGGAGAUAUCCGGACAAAAUACUUUUAGCUACGGAAGCUUGCGAAGGAUCAAUGCCAUGGAAUUCGGCGAAGGUUGUCCUUGGAUCUUGGAGUAGAGCUCGCCGAUACGUCUCCAACAUCUUGGAAGAUUUGAACAACUAUGUAGUUGGUUGGAUCGACUGGAACCUUUGCCUGGAUCCCAUAGGCGGACCCAAUUGGGUCGAUAACUUCGUAGACUCUCCUAUCUUGGUAUAUGGAGACAAGGACGAAUUUAUCAAGCAACCAAUGUUCUAUGCUAUGGGACACUUCUCUAAAUUUAUUCCAAGGGGCUCUCGACGAGUGCGAGUGUCGCGAAGAAGUCUUGUCAGUGUCGAAAAUGUUGUUGUCAGAAAACAAAAUGGAAAUCUUGUUAUGGUACUACAGAACAGACGGAAAAGAGAAAUGAAUGUGCGAGUAAGGAUAAGUGCCCGCAAUUACAUUGAAGUUACAAUGGAGCCUGAAUCAGUGAAGACGAUAGAAGUCAACCCAAACUAGAAUAGAAUUAUACACAUUUUUGACUAAAUAAAUAUAUUUAUUUUGUAACAUUA